UUACACUUGGCUCAAUGCAGUCAGGCACAUACUGUUCUCCUGGCAACCGCCACACCCAGACACGUCUAUCAAAUUACCAGACAGAGAAGCGUGAUUCGUCACUCCAGAGAACACGUCUCCACUGCUCUAGAGUCCAGUGGCGGCAUCUCUACGCACUGUUGUGCUAAUCUGAAGGCCACAUGAAGUUUGUUAUAAUACCACGAACGGUUGACCGUGGAAUAUUUAGUAGCAAGGAAAUUUCACGGAUAGACUUAUUGCACAGGUAGCAACCUAUCACUGUACCACGCUUGAAUUCGCUGAGCUUCUGAGAGCAACCCAUUCUUUCACAAAUGUUUGCAGAAGCAGUCUUCGUGCCUAG